CCUCUGCAUAGGGAAUGCGGACACUUCAGACCGCAGGUAUUCGGCUGUCAAUGGAGUUUCAUGGUUCUCCCAGGCGUUGGGGACUGACGCAAUUUCGUGCGCACUGUGCACAGAACCAUUUAGCUCGCAAAAACAAAACAAACCAAAAAUGCAAGGGAUAGAACGGGACCAGUUGCUUCUUUGUUGAGCUGGACUCUACCGGAUAUGAGCUGGACAAGCAUAACAUGUGAAAUACAAUAAUUAAUAAGAUGGCUUUUACAGCACUGAAACUUGAGAAGCAUCGUUGCAAUGUGUAUACUCUUGAAGGAAGUAAAAUUCACUGUGAAGUUGCGAAUUUAACUCUUGGUAUUGAUUUGUUGACGUAUGUGUGUAAAAAACUAGAUUUGAUAGAAACAAACUAUUUUGGACUAAAGUAUAAACACCACAGCGAUAGAAAGUACUCUUGGCUGCAAACAAAUAAAUUUAUUGGUCGUCAGCUGCAUGGAAAAGUUUACGAGCUUGACUUGCAUGUAAAAUAUUGGCCGUCUUCACCAUAUAUGGUAGAAAUUGAUAUAACAAGGUAUCAAAUGGUGUUGGAACUUCGAGAAAAACUUUUGAAUGGAGACUUGACGUGUCCUUCACCUAUUCAGGCACUUUUAGCUUCCUAUCUUAUGCAAGCUGAAUUUGGUGAUUUUGAAGAUGUAACUACUAAUGAUAAUUAUAAUGAUUGUAUUCAAGCUAGCAAGAUACAGUUUUACCCUAACCAGCAAACUGGAUUCUGGGAAAAGGUGAAAGAAUUUCAUAGAAAACACCAUGAUCUGACACCAGCAGCUUCUGAACUAUUAUACUUGGAAAAUGCUCGUAAAAUUUCGUUAUAUGGUAUGGAGUUACAUGAAGUACUGGAUGCCGAUGGUAUCAGUGUUAUACUUGGUGUAAACUUUAAAGGAGUUCAUAUUAUUCAAAAUGGUACCAUUCUAAACAAUAUGUUCUGGCCAAACAUUGUUGAAGUAAAAAGUAAACGAACCAAAAAAGCUCUUUUUCUAAAGUUAAAACAGAGCGAUUUUCACAUCAAAAUUGGUUUUACAUCUCCAACACUUGUUGAGUGGAAGAGAUUGCAUCGAUGUUGUCGUGAUCAGUUAGCAUUCUUUAAUGCUUGUAUGAAACCAGAGGAAGAGUCAGAGUUUGAUGAUACAGACAGUGGUACCAGCAAAAAUGAUCCAAACAUACGUUAUAGUCAAUGUCAUGGUCUUGAAAGACAAUCAUUUGUUCGCAUCAAAAGCAUGAAAUUCAUUCAAAACAAAAAGAAAAAACUAACGGAGAAAAGUAACAAGCAACGUAAACUUGAAGAAGAAGAAAGUGAAAGAAAAUACGAACAAGAGAUUGAUGAAUACAGCACACCUUUACUCUCGGAAGAAGAAACAUCUUCAUAUGGUCUUCCAUCCUCUGAGACGACUUCGAAUAAUUCAGAAUCUGAUCGUGGCGAUAUUACCAUAGUAACUGAUAUAUCUGAGGUAAUAACCAAGCCAGUCUCAACAGAAAGCGUCGACACAUCAUCAAAAGAAUACGUCGACACAUCGUCAACAGAAUACGACGACAUCCCAACUAUUAAUAUCGUAACUGAAGGCGGUCAUAUUAACAAAGAAAUAACGGCAACACCUGGGUGCGACGUUGAAAAUACAUCAUUUCAAGCUGAAAAUAACGAUAUAGACGUAGUAUCCAACGACACACAAAAUGUUGCAUUGCAGGAAAGAGAGGAAGAACGUCCAGUAGAGAAAUGUGCAGUAUCUCUCGUCGCUAUAGAUAAUCUCGAAGCUAGCUUUGAUUUGUCCUUUAUUUCGUCAUCAACUGAAGGAGAGUCAGUCAUAGAAAACCCUGCUGUUAAAACGCAGAUGCCAUACAGAGAACCAAUCAGUAUUGAGGACGUCGGCAACAAACCAUUUGUUGAUGGUGUUGAAGACGCUGCAAAACAAGAAAUCGAUCAACCGACUUCAAAUGAAACUGCACUGAAGAAAACUACACAUCCAACGGUCGAGGAAGCAUGCCAUCCGGAGGAUAACGAGACAACGGAUUAAACUAUUAGUGGAAAAAAUUCGUGUUUGCAUUGAUUAAGCAAGUUAACAGCGAACAACUCGAUAGGUCAUGUUGUCUACAGAGAACUUUCAUGCAUUUACUUAAAAAUAUAUAAUAUAUUGUUCAAGAUUAUUAUUUUAGAUUGUAGAAAGCUAGAAAAUUUUAUGGAGAUAUUUAAGUAGAACACGGAAAUAACCUUUCCAUUUUAUCGACAUUUUAUCGACAUUUUUAACUUUGUAGACGGAAUUUUUAUAGUUUAUUAUUAGUUAAAAACGUAUACGACGUUUGACGUUUAAAAUUUGUAACACGAAAUUUUGCAUUGACUGUGGUUUGUGUCUAUCCGUUAGAAGAGUCGCAUUCCCUCUGCCCGUACUCCCUUUUUUAACGACGUCGUCUUUUAAUGGCGUCGUCUUUUUAAUAAUGCGUCUCUUAGAGGAUUGCGCCUCACCACCUUUUUCUGUAUGCUUUUUUGCAAGCUAGAAAUAAUUUGAAUUCGAAUAUCUGAUAUCUCCUAUGACCUGCUUUUUAACCAGUGAUUCAAUCAACCUCUUUUUAACCCACUCGGUUAAAAGAUUUUUCCAAGCUCUUGAAAAUACGUCAUCUAUACUAUACCCUCCCUCUCUCCGCCUCCUUUUUCUCAUUUCCCCCCUCUAAUCUUUUGUGAUUAAUUGCUUAUAUAUAUAUAUAAGAAAAUGAAUGGGGAAACAGAUGCGUAUAAAGAAACAAACUUACACAUUGGAAAAGGGUUUUCAGAAAUGAAAUUUGAUUUGAGUGUAUUUGAUAUUAUUUGAAAUGUAUAUUUGUUUAUUUAUGUAUUUACUAAUUUAUUUCUUGAGUAGCUACCUACCAAGCUAGAUAUGGCCGAGCUUGUGUAUAGCACUGGGUUCUGUACACACUUCUUGUUUUGGCUUCGUGAUGCAUAGAAAAUCGACAUAUUGAGUCUUGAAUAAUUCUUAAGGUAAUUCUUUAUUAACGGCUGUUUAAAAUACAGACUUAAAAGAUGGUGAAACAAACGCGAAACCCUCUAAUAAACGAACCAUUUUAUAACACAACAAAGUGAAAAUUUUAGAUUAUUUCCAAUUUCGCCAAAAGUUGUUCUUAAAAUUUAAUUAUUGCAAUAAAAAUUUUUAUAAAAAAGUGUAUGUUACAAUUUCUUGUGUUUGCUAAGUGCAGCUUUUACUACAUUUGCGAUUAUAAACGUCAAGGGUACAUGUUUUUGUAAUAAGGAAGUUUACGUGAAAAAAAUCAUUUUUUGAUUAAGGCAGUUUGUGAAAAUUCUCUAACUCAAUCAUCCUUUUCAUUCCUUUGCGUUUAAAAGAAGUAGGUUUCUUUUAUAAUAUAUGAUAAAGGCGUUUUUAAAUUUUGUAUAUAGUAUUUAUAUCUUCCGUUGUUAUUAAAGUUUUACGAUAAG